AUGAACAGGGGGUCGGUGGCCGGCGCUAUUGCUCUCAAACGGCGAUGUCAUCAUGUAAUUGACGCAUUGGGUGCCAGGACUCCGCCAGAAGCGUUUCUUUUCCGCGGGAAUGCUUACAUGGCUUUGGGCCAGCCGUACUUUGCCUUAGCGGACUACAACACGGCGGCUCAAGUGUUGCAGCUAUCGGGCCAGCAUCAGCAGCGCUGUCAGGAAGCACUGCUGCGCUUCCCGCCGCACCAAGUAGGUGUCUACCCGGCCGACAACUCACACCUACACAUUCAUGUGCAUCCAUACCUCAACGAGGAAUGCGAAGUGAAACAAAUUGAUGCCGUGAUCGGUCGUGGAAUUGUGGCGAGGGAAAACCUCAAGAAGGGCACAGUUGUAAUCCAGCGGGCCGAACCUUGGAUGCGGUACCCGGUUGCUGACGGCCUCUGCGCACUGUGCACCAAACCUCUGCCAGAGAGGUUCUUUACAUGCACAAACCCCCGUUGCCACGAGGAAUACUGCAGCCGCGAUUGUAGAACAAUAGCUCUUUCUCGUUAUCACUCUCGUACUUGUCGCAUAGAGGGUUUGCAAGCUAUCGAACUUGACUUAUUCUCACAAAUGAAAUCAUCUGAAGCAGCUACAGACAAAAACUCAGCGGCCGCCCAACUGCUGAUGCUGCGUGUUUUAGCUGCAUCGCUGCAGCAGCAAAUUGUUCCUUCAGCGCUGAGUGAAGUGCGUAUUCUAAGCGGUAGGUUGCUCUUCUCCCCAGCAGCCCUCGCAGGAAAGUUUCUGGAAAUCUACGAACGUUUCACCAGGGCAUGUUCCACCUCCACCUCCAUUCCCUACGAGGAAAUGAUUGGAGUUUUGGCGCGUGUGACAACCAACUGUUUCCACCGGGAGAAUUGUGUAGAGCUGAGCCUUCCCCGCUCUCUCCUGAACCAUUCGUGUGACGCAAACGUAGCGGAGGAUGCUGAAACGGGGGAGAUGAGAACGACGCAGGAUGUCGCACGGGGUACAGAACUCACCAUUAAUUACUAUCCACAACUGAAGGAACUGAAUUAUAAAAGCCGCUCGAGAGAGCUCGAGCGGCGUGGCUUCGUUUGCUGUUGUUCCCGAUGCAGGAGGGAGAGGUAA